AUGGAUGACUUUGAAACAGCGAUCCUGUAUAGCUAUGACCCUUCUAUAUCAGAGGAAUUGAAGCUAAAGGCGCUGGCAUAUACCAAUACAGUUAAGGAGUCACCAGAUGGUUGGAAGUUCUGUCUGGAGAAGCUAUUUCAGACAAAGUCAAUACACGUCAAGUUCUUCUGCUUUCACGUCUUUCAAGACGUCAUACUACAUCGCUACGAAGCACUUACCGAGCAGGACAGACUCAGUCUAAAGAGCACCCUAAUCACAUACUUGAAGGUCGUACUGGCCAACACAAAUGAAGAUACAGCAAUCAAGAACAAGUACGCACAGAUCGUUGUGUUGUUGUUCAAGCAGGAGUACCCUGAGCAGUGGCCACAGUUCUUUAAUGACUUCUUGUCAAUGCUCGCGAUUGGUCCCAAUGUGAUUGACAUCUUCCUACGCAUACUAAAGUCAAUCGACAUUGAAGUGGUGUCAUUCAAUGUGCACAGGUCAACUGCAGAGUUGGCACAUAAUACAAUGAUCAAAGACACAAUGAGGGAUGGCGCCAUCAAGGACAUCGUAUCGUCAUGGUACGAGAUACUGGUCCACUAUCACCAAACCAAUCCUCACUUGGCAAACAUGGCAUUGCAGAACAUCAAGCAUUAUGUUGGAUGGAUAGAUAUCAAUCUGAUUGUCAACGACAGGUUCAUCCAACUGUUCUUCAAGCUAUUGAAUGUGAUGCCUCUGCGCGAAGAGGUAUGCGACUGUUUCAAGGAGAUCAUUUACAAGGGUAUGGAUCCAAGUUCAAAGUUAUUAUUGAUCCAGAAGCUUCAGAUCAAGGACAUUGUCAACCUGGUGGCCCUUGACGAUUUGGACUUUGUCGUCAAGAUUGGAAGUCUGGUCAACCUGACUGGUAUGGAGGUGCUCAGGGGUCUGGAAUCAGUGGCUGGAAACCAGGAGAAGAGAGUGGAGGGAGCAGACAAGCUAUUGGACGACUUUUUAGAGCUGCUUGUCAAGUUCCUCAACAACGAGUACAAUGAGGUCUCCACCACAGUCAUGCCAUUCUCUGCAUUAUACAUCACAAAGCUCAAGAAUGUCAAGCCAUUGAAUGAGAAGCAGUUGCAACACGUCACAUUGUUGGUACAGAUCAUUCGCAACAAGAUGAAAUAUAAGAAGGAGUUUGACUUUGGCAAUCCAGAGGGAGAGGAUGAGGUUCAGUUUGCAGAGUUCCGCAAGGACUUGUCCAAUCAGUUCAGGAACAUCUUUAGGAUUUGUCCAGAGAUGGUGGGCUCCUUCGUCCAGACAAUGAUCGCCAACAUCACACAAGACCCAGAUCACUACCAGUUCACAGACAUCGAGGUGGCCAUCUACCUUUUAUUCCAAAUGGGUGAGGGUAUCACCGCCACACCCGAGGACACAAUGAAGCCAUUCGAGAAGUUCUUUGGCUCAAUGGUCAUACUCCUGGCAGGCAGCAGGAUCAUCACAUUUGAGCUCCAUCAGAUUGUAUCGCUGACCUACUUUGAGACAGUGGUACGUUAUGCCAAGUACGUUCCACAUGAUCCGCAGAACUUGGGAAUGAUCCUGUCGGCAUUCUUGGAUCAACGCGGACUACUCAACAGCAACACACUGGUGCGAAGCAGAGCUGGCUACCUACUAAAUAAGUUGGUCAAGCAGCUCAAGACCCAACUCUUCCCCUACAUCAACAAUAUAAUCGAAGCGCUAAAGAACCAUUUAAUCAUAUCAUACGAGAUACAGAAGGAAGUACCAUUCGACGAGCAACUCAACUUUUACGAAUCACUUGGCUUCUUGAUUGGAGGUGCCUCCCUGCCACCCCAAGAAGAGCAGAACUAUGUCGAGAAAAUACUACUUAAUCCAUAUAUGAGAAUGGAGGAGAUAGUGACCAAGGGAUUGUACAAAACAGAUACCAAAGAACAGCCAAUCCAUGGCACUCAGCUCAUCCAAUUGAUCAGUGCAAUUGGAACAUUCAGCAAAGGAUUCACACCGAUCAACAACUCGACUGGCAACCUCAAGCCCGAACCACACUCCUACAAGGCAUACUUUAUCAAGUCGCUCAAAGUCAUUCUCCUCCUACCCAAGCUGCUUCCACACAAUGAGGAGAUCAUCUCGAGGACAUUCUUUUACAUGCACAGAAUGGUUGAUUGCCUUGGCAAUGACCUCAAGCCAAUGCUACCAGAGAUAUUGUCAACGUUGUUGAAUCAUACAAACAGCAUUGAGAAGUUGGUCGAGUUCAUAUUAUAUGUCAAUCAGUUGAUGGCCAAGUACAAGGAGGAGUUGAACACUUUGAUCAACGAUUUGCUGCAACAGAUCAUUUAUAGACUGUACAAGUCGAUGGACUUGCCCCGUCCUCCCGAGCCCAACACGGACGAGGGACGCAGCUACCUCGAGUUGCAAAAGUCCUACUACUCCUUCAUCCUGUCCAUCCUGAACAAUGCACUGGCGGCCACGCUGACAUCGCCGCUCAACAUCAACACGCUGCCGCAGAUCCUGACGUCGAUCAUCAAUGGCUGCACGUGCAGCACCAGCGACAGCGUGCAAAAGACGUCGUUCUCGAUUCUCAAGCGGCUCAUCGACGAGUUUGGCCGCGGCGGACCCAAGCAGGUGGACGGCUUUGACAAGUUUGUCUACAGCCAGAUCAUACCGACGUGCUUCCAGGUGCCGAUGGCGCCAUCGUUCAACACUGCCGACUUUGCCUCGAAUCAGUUGGUGAUGGAGAUUGCCAAGUCGCUCAAGAUCAUCUCGCAGCGAUAUGGCGACGAGUUUAUCAACUACCUUGGCGGUGUCUAUCUGGCCCAGAUCAACAUACAUUCACCCGAGGUCGCUCAGCAGUUUGCCCGCCUUCUACCCGUCACAGUACCAUUGAAGGAUUUCCAAGACUUCUUUAAACUAUUUAUUAGGAACCUCAAGCAACAACAACAACAGCAACAACAAUCAUCCAAGAAGUAA